GAGAAUCAGUACGAAAUGCGUUGGCCGUGGAAGCGCACGUUUAGCAUCGCAAAGGGCCGCAUUGGAGCCGCCGGCAAGCGGCCAGAGGCGGCAGUGGCUACAGUGGCCACCAUUUACGAUCCCAAUGGGGAUGGCGAGGUCAAGUAUACGGAAAAGAAUGGCGACGACUGCUACGAGCUCUCGCACAGCCUCGAGAUGGACAUGCAGAGCAGAUACAGUGCCCCAAAGCAAGCGCACUGGCUGCUGCGUCGCAUUUUCAUACUCACCUGGAUACGCAGCUACGAUCGAUCGCAGGCCUUCGCGGAUCUUAUAGCGGGCAUUACCCUCGGCCUGACCAUCAUUCCGCAGAGCAUUGCCUAUGCAGCGCUAGCGGGCCUCUCCUCGGAGUACGGCCUGUACUCGGCCUUCAUUGGCUCCAUCAUCUAUGUGUUCUUUGGCACCAUACCGCAGGUGUCCAUCGGCCCCACCAGCUUGAUGGCCAUCAUGACGCUGCAGUUCUGUGCGGACAAGCCCGUGCAGAUAGUCAUCGUGCUGGCUUUUCUGGCUGGCUUUGUGGAGCUGCUCAUGGGCGUCUUUCAGCUGGGCUUCAUUGUCAGCUUCAUACCGGCGCCCGUGACCAAGGCCUUUACGUCCGGCACCGCCGUGAUUGUGGUGCUGGCGCAGAUCAAGAGCCUGCUCGGCAUUCGCCUGAAGAAGGUGCCUUCCAUCGGGGACUACUUCACCAACAUUCACCUGUCGGACGCCAUUCUGGGCAUCACUUGCAUUUGUCUGCUGCUUGCACUGCGGCUGCUGUCCCAGGUCAAGUUUAAGCAGGAUACGCCGCUCACGCAGCGCCUGAAGAAGGUGCUCUGGUACAUCAGCAUCUCGCGCAAUGCCCUGAUUGUCUUCUUCAGUGGUCUGAUGGUGUACAUAUGGGUGCACAAGAGCUCAAUGGAGGCCGUGCCCUUUGCGCUCUCCUCAAAGGUCGCCUCGGCCAUGCCCAGCAUCAAGUUGCCGCCCUUCGCCUUUGAGCAUCAGAAUCGCACCUAUGUCUUCACCGACAUCCUGCACGAGCUGGGCAGCGGCGUUAUUCUGGUGCCCAUUGUGGCUGUCCUGGCGAAUGUGGCCAUUGCCAAGGCCUUCGUCAAGGAUGGCAAGCUGGAUGCCUCGCAGGAGAUGUUGACACUGGGCCUGUGCAACCUGGCCGGCUCCUUCUUCAGCGCCAUGCCCACCUGCGGCGCCUUCACGCGCUCCGCCGUGAGUCAGGCGUCGGGCGUACGCACGCCCAUGGCUGGCAUCUACACGGGUCUCAUUGUGCUCUCCGCCCUGUCCAUAUUGACGCCCUACUUUCAGUACAUUCCUAGAUCAUCGCUGGCUGCUGUGCUCAUUGCAGCAGUCGUCUUUAUGAUUGACCUGACGCCCAUCAAGGAGCUGUGGCGCACAAACAAGAAGGACUUCUUCAGCUGGACGGGCAGUCUCAUCAUGUGCCUGGUCGCUGGCGUUGAGAUGGGUCUGCUCUUUGGCAUCGUAGUCAGCAUGAUCUGCAUUCUGCUGCGCCUGGGCAAUCCCAGAAUUGAGGUCAGCUUGAAGCAGUGGGAGUCGCAGUACUACGUGCAUAUUGUGCCGCAGUCGGAUAUUUUCUACACGGGCGUGGACAUGCUGCGCACGGAGAUUGUCGCCGCGAGUCAGCUGUAUCGCAACGAUUUUCCCAUUGUGGUGCAGUGCUCACGGUUCAUGCAGUUCGACGCGACCUUUGUGGAGAUGCUGAACGCCGUGGCCAAGGAGCUGGCCAACGACAAUGUGGUGCUGGUGCUGCAGCACAUGUCGCUCAAGCAGCAACAGUUGCUGCCCUUCACCAGCAACAUACGGUUCUGCAACGAAGACCAGGAGCUCUUCCCGCAGGAGUCCAAACAGUAGUCAAACAUCUCCAAUAUCCAGCAUCCGCCUGGCGGUAUC